AUGGCGCUUUCUUUCGUGCGGCGUAUGAAGUCCCUGUGGCCCUUCUCCAGGCCGAGAUUCGAUGACCUGAAAACUUCGAACGAGCUGGUCCGGAAGCUCCCGGUUCCCGAGCAGACGAAGCAGUUCGUCUUCGCCGUGGGGGAGCCCGAGUCGCGGUCCGUGGUUUACGUGCUCGCCGUGCAGAACCUGUCCGAGCGGUCCGCGCGGGACGCCGAGUGCUUGAUCUGGGAGGUUCGGCCGGGCGCGGUCGUGGCGCAGGUGGAUCCGUUGGAUUCCGGUGAGGUUCAGCCCGUCGAGUGUGUGCCGGGCGAUGGGGUCGAUUGCGCCGUGCCCACCUCGGCACUGGGCGUUCUCAGGCGUUGCUUUGUGGAUAAACUCAAUAAGGAGAAGUACGAGAAUGUUGCUGGGGGCUUGGUUUUGCGGGAGAUCUUUGGUAUCGGCUUUCAUGGCCAUUUCUUUGCCGCCAGAAAGGCUGCACAAGAGGUUGGUUCAUCGUUCGUUAUUCUAGAGUCACCGUUUGUAAAUUGUUCUUCUGGGAGUGGGAAUACUAGUCCGAGUGAAGCUGAUUGUGGGCAAAAUGUUCAAGGUUUAGUCAGUAGCUUGGUUCCAAAACGGAUGGGUUCUGGGGUUUAUUCGAGUUUGAGGAGGUUUUGUCUCAACGAUGAUGUCCAAUCUCAGAUGGUAAGAAUUGUAUCUUCAAAUUUGGAUCCGCUGGCUUGCAUGUCUAGUCCUUCGAGUUCGGAUUCAAACUUGGGGUCAGAGAAGUUGCAAACUAUACCUGAGUACGAGGCUCCACCAUUUGCCCAGUCCAUCUAUCCUUUACUCGAGGAUCUUCACAAUAUUUUCACUGAUAUCCCAUCUAUUGGAAGGGCUCUAGUCCAUGCUCAACAGCUGCUCUCUGAUGUGAACAGGGGGCAAGCUGUAGAUAGUAGAACAGGGCUCUAG